AAAAAUGGGAAAUACAAUAGGAGCAAGGAGAAGGUUAGCGAAGGUGAUGACCGUAGAUGGCGAGACGGUUAAGUUUAAAACGCCAUUAAAAGUAGGGGAAGUAACGAAAGACUACCCAGGCCAUAUCCUCAUAGAAUCAGAAGCUGUGAAGCACUUCGGCAUCAAAGCAAAGCCUUUGGAACCACAACAAGAAUUGAAGCCAAGGAAACUCUAUUUCCUCUUGGAAAGAACAAAGUUUCCUCAACAACAAGAUAAGAAUAUUCUUCAGAGGAAAGUGAGGCCAGGGGUUCGGAUGAGUGCAAAAGAGAGAAUGGAAAGCCUCAUGUUAACCCGACGGGCAACUUCAGAUUUGUCGUCCGUGAAGGAAAGAAGUCUCGUGAACGACUCUGGCAUGGUGAGGGUAAAAUUAAGGUUACCCAAGUCGGAGUUAUCGAAGUUGAUGGAUGAAAGCCAAGAUUCGUCGGAAGCGGCGGAGAAGAUCAUGGAUCUCUGUAUCACCAAGACCGGAAUAAACAAUUCCGGUGACCACCACGAGGAAGACGACAGGUACACAAAGAGCGGACCUCUUCUCGGGUACGAGUCCAAGAGUGGACCACUCCUCAGCUACGACUCCAACGAGGACACCAAGAGUGGGCCUCUACGACCUCAUGGGGUUUGGAAGCCAGCACUUGAUAGUAUCAUAGAGGGUAGUAACAAGCCCCGCCGUGAGAGAAGGGUGACGUUUAAGCCCGUCAAGGAUGAAGAAGAAUUGGAGUAG